CAGACCGUGAACUUCCGGUCGGAUCGACCCCGAAGGCCCGAAGCCUCGGGCUCAAGUUUACCAGCCUUUCGGUGAGAGAUUGGAGUGGUGGUGCCGCCGCUGGACUGCAGGUCGGGAGCGAUGCCGCGCAGUGUCGGCGGAGGCUAAGAGUCGGCAAAGGCGAGGCAGCCGCGGGCUCGGCUCAGGCCUAGUCCCCGACUUCGGCCUGACCCAGACCGCAGGCUCCGCAUUCCAGGCUCGGGCUCAGCCCCAGACCGCUGCCUAGGUAUUGGACGUCAGAUACCGGCUAAUCCCAGGCCACGGCCCUAGGUUUCAGUGGCGGGCCCCAGGACCAGGCCUCAGGUUCUGGGCCCCGGGCACCAAUCCCCAGCCGUAGACACAAUCCUGAACUUCGGGCCCCGGACCGGAGGCCUCAGUCCCGGGUUCAGCCUUGAGCCCAGCCCCAUGGCUCUGGCCCCCGAAGGGCCGGCUGUGCAGGCCUGGUCGCGGGUGUCGGUGGUGGGCCCGCGGGCGUUGCGGGACGCGCUGGCCGUGCUGGCGCCCGAGUGCCGGGACUCGCAGAGGCAGCUGCUGAGCCUGGUGCAGGGCCUGAGGGAGGAGGGCUGCCUGCCCACCGUGCUCCGCAGCCAGGACGUGUACGGCUACACCUCGAGCACCUGCCGGGUGCCCCCCGCCGCCUCCGCCUCGCAGCCCAGGCCCAGCCCCCGGCAGCCCAAGCCCCAGGCCAACCCCAGGUCGCCGCCGCGCAGAGGCUGGCUUCGCCCGCCGGCCUCUGGGGUCAGGCUGCGGGCCGUCCCCUGCCGGGAAUCCCGCAGGCACCGCUAUCCCGACAGGAGGGCUGGGGCCAAGAAGCCGAGCCGGGAGCCCCACGCCGGGGACAGGAGCGCUUCCGUGGAGGACAAGCCGGCCAACAGGCUGCAGCUGCUGAGGUCCAAGGUGAUCAAGGUGGACGAGCCGUCCUCAGACGAGGAGGUGCGGAGGAAGGCGCAGAGGAUCCUGAGGGUCAACCUGUCGCCCGUGGUGAAGAUCAGGCCCAUAACCUACCCCACCUAGCAUGGGGGAGGUGGGCUGCGGCAGUGGGACAUCUCCUCAGGAAUCUCGAGACCCUCCACGGCACCAGGGAGCAAUGACCCGGGACCUGUCACGUCUGGAGUCACAGAGCAGUGGGAUAAGGGCUCAGGAAUUACAACAUUUGGAACUGUGUGUCACUGGGGCAAAGACGCAGGGCCUGCAACAUCAGGGAAUGUUCUGUGAGGUGGUAACGUUGAACCUGCAUGUCACUGGGGCAAGCACUUGGGACCUACAGCCUGUGGAACUGUACGAUAGUGGGUCAAAGACCUGGGACCUGAAACAUCCAGAAACACACAACAUUGGAGCAAAGACUUGGGACUUGAAACACCUGGAAAGGCCCGGCAGUGGCAGCAAGGUUGUGGUGAAAUGACAUGGGGCUUCAUCUCCCGGUGGGCAUCUCCUGCCAAUGGAUUCUGGUCGACCAUUGUCCACUGCUGUUCCCUUUCACACUUUAAUUUGUGUAGGUGGUUCAAAUGUAGUUUUGGCACUUAGGAAUAGGACGAAGUCUUGUCCCGUCCAGGUUCAGGGAGGUCUUGGCCUCUCUGCCACCUGGCAUCAUACCUGCUCAGGUGUCAGGUUUUGAAUUUUCUAGUACUUGAUAGAAAAUUACUGAGUUCCCAUUGGCUGUAGGGAAAGUGCCAAAAUUCCUGUACCUGUGCUUCCGCCUGGGGCUUCUAGCAGUGUAGGUACAUGCACACCUGACCUCAGCUUCCAAUGUGGGUUAUCUCCAUAGAUACGACCCCAAGAAUGCAGAAACCAUUUUUUCCCACGACAUUAUUUCAUAUGAUAAGAGCACAAAAUUAAUCCCCUUCGGACUUAAAGUGGACAUUUGACCAUGGGAAAAUAGAUCCAAUUGUACUUGAGGGCGGAGUUUGUCUCCAAAGCACUGGGGCAAAGCCCAUUUCUAGCUCGUUAACGCUUGACUGUUCUGCAGAGAUUUUACCAACAGAAGCCCGUUCUGCUCCCGGUUCCGUAAAUUCCUAAAUGACCUUGUUGGUUACUGCUGCCUUCCGUGGAGUGUUGAAUGUGUUUGAUCAGGGCUUUCGCCAUGGGGGCCGCUGCUGGGUUUGUGUUAGAAAAUUGGGAGCCAAUGUCAACAGAUGUGGUUAGCUCUGGAGGUUCACGGCCACUGAAGAUGUUGCUACUACCAAACGUCAUCGGUUUCCAUCAUUGUUCCCCUCUCCACAUGCACCCACCAGCCCCCUCCCAAACCCUGGGCUCACAACUCUCUGCUGUUCGUGGUCCUUCCUCCUCAGGCUGUCCCAGUUGGGUUCCUGGAGACGUAGAGCGCAGAGACAGGCUGGCUAGCCCAUCACGCCCAUGGGUUAUAGAGAAAGGCUGAAUAGGUUAGGGGUUUAUUCCCUGGAGCGUAGGAGAGUGAGGGGAGAUUGGAAAGAAGUACAGUAUACAAAAUUAUGAGGAGUGUAGACAGGGUAAGUGCAAACAGGCUUUUUCCACGGAGGUUGGAUGAAACUAAAACUAGAGGUCAUGGGUUAAGGAUGAAAGGUGAAAGGUUUAAAGGGAGCAUGAGGAGGAACUUCUUCACUCAGAGAGUGGUGAGAGUCCGAAGCGAGCUGCCAGUAGAUGUGAGGGAUGCGGGUCCAAUUUCACCACUGAAGAGAAAUUUGGAUAGGUGGAUGGGAGGGCUAUGGUCCAGGUGCAGGUCGAUGGGACUAGGUGGAAUAACAGUUUGGCACGGACUAGGUGGGCCAAAACCCCUGUUUUUGUGCUGUUGUGCUCUGUGACUACUAACUACUGCAGUAAUGAGGUCUCACAGUUAGCAUCAACCCAACUCCCCCAGCACAAAUUGCUGAGGGGAUUCCUGAUGAUAGAACACAGUCCAAGAUCCAGUUGCCAUUCCAAAUCCUUCCUUCCCAACAAGAGAUGCUUUCUGCGGGUUGUGAGUGUUAUGCUGCCCAAGGUUAACUAGUCCUCCAGGGGUGGGGGCAUCUCCUACACUGACGUAGUGGUCACUCCUUGGCGAACAGUACUUGUAACUCCAGAGUAACCACAGCCGUUGGGAGGUCAUGGAAGACAAGAAACCGAAAGCUGUCACCAGUAAUAGGUGGGGAGUUUUGUUUCUCCCAGUGCACAAAGGAUUUCCAGCACGGAGAGGUUUCAGCAACUCGAAUUGCCCAAAGGUAGUAGUGUCAACGUUUUAAAUGUCUGAAACUUCAUUGGUAAUGACCUCAGUUCUAAUUCAGCAACUGGCCUUUGAAAACCCACAAUUCUGAGAAUUAAGGGUGAAGAUCUGAACUAUUACUGAAAGAAAAGAAAUAUUCUGUGCAUCUCAGACCAUUUUAAUGUACGUCUCUAGCCUCUCUGUAAAUGUGAACUGUAUUACUCCAGCUUUAAUGGGUUUUAAUCAUUCUUUGUAUGAUUAUAAAUUAUAUAAUUCAGCUGUACUAUGAACAAAAUCACUGUGACUUAUCAGCUAGCCGGCAGAAAAUUGGAUUUGUGAUUUUAAAUGUUUUUAAAGAUAUUUGUGCCAAUAUUUUAAAUGUUUUUGCAAUAACUUUGU